AUGGGAGACCGAGGGAGCGCGGCGUUCACAAAGGGGGUGGGCGGACCUCCGCUGGACGGGGAGAAGCUGGAGAUCUUCUACGAGGCCCCGCCAGGGCUGGUGAAGGAGAAGGAGGAGGAUCGGCCGGAGGACACCGUGCCCGACCUUCCCGGCAAUGAGCACGUCCGUGACUUCCUCGCCAAGGCACCCAGCAAGGGCCUCUGCAAUUCGGGCACCGUACUGGCGACCGUGAGUAACCCCAAGAGCGAAGCCGAGCGGCAAGCUCGAAUGGACCCCAUGUACCACUUGAUGCAGAGCAAGCCCGAGGAGGACUCCACCAAGAAGCCCGAAUCCAAAGGGCAGAGUCUGAAGGACUUGGCCAAGCAGCUGAUGGCGCUACAGAAGGAGAAGAAGCGCAAGAAGAGGGAGAAGAAGGAAAAGCGAAAGCGAGAGAAGGAUCGCAAGAAAGAGAAGAAGGAAAAGAAAGAGAAGAAGGAAAGACACCACCACAAGAAGAGGAGACGAAGCAGCUCGGCUCGCUCCGACUCAGACUGA